CCUUAUUACUCUCACAGCCACGCCUCUUUCUCUCCCCCCCUUUUCCCCCUCCCCUAUCUUCUACCGCACAUCUCUCUCUCUCGCGCGCGCGCUCUGCUCGGCUCGGGUCUCGCGCCCGCCCAAACGUUGCCUCGCGCCGCCUGCCUGUCUCGCGCCGCACUGGGAUGUUGGCAGGCGGCGGUCGGGUCAGUCGAGAGGAGGGAGCGGAGUGAGAGGGGCGCGGGAAGGGAAGGCAUCAAGGCAAGGCAAGGCGACGUUCUGUGCCCGUCCCCCGCUUUCUCCUCUUCCUCCUCCUCCUGAAGCGCGCUGAGGGAACGGGGCGGGCUCUGCUCCUCCUCCUCCGCCGCGCGUGAGGCGGAGAGAGGCAGGGAGAGGCAGCGAGGAGCCCGCGGAGCAAGCAACAUGGCGGAACACUCAGCCCCCGACCAGAAGCACAAGCCCGGCGCCGCCUCUGCCUCCUCGUCGUCGUCUUCCAACUCCGCCGCCGGCUCCCAAGCGCUGGUCAACAGCAGGAGCUCCUCCUCGGCGACGGCGACUGGGGCCGGGCCCCCAACGGGAGGCCUGUCGGGGGGCCUGUCGCAGCCGGCGGGCUGGCAGUCGCUGCUCUCCUUCACGAUCCUCUUCCUGGCCUGGCUGGCCGGCUUCAGCUCCAGGCUCUUCGCCGUCAUCCGCUUUGAGAGCAUCAUCCACGAGUUCGACCCUUGGUUUAAUUAUAGAUCAACACAUCAUCUUGCAUCACAUGGAUUUUAUGAAUUCUUAAACUGGUUUGAUGAAAGAGCAUGGUAUCCACUCGGAAGAAUAGUUGGUGGAACUGUAUACCCAGGACUGAUGGUGACAGCAGGCCUUAUACAUUGGAUUUUAAAUAUGCUUAACAUUACUGUCCACAUAAGAGAUGUAUGUGUGUUUCUUGCACCAGUUUUUAGCGGCCUUACAUCAAUUUCUACUUUCCUGCUUACCAGAGAACUGUGGAACCAAGGAGCAGGGCUUCUAGCUGCCUGUUUUAUUGCUAUAGUACCAGGUUACAUAUCACGAUCAGUUGCAGGAUCUUUUGACAAUGAAGGGAUAGCUAUUUUUGCACUGCAAUUCACAUACUAUUUGUGGGUGAAGUCUGUGAAAACUGGAUCAGUUUUCUGGACCAUAUGCUGCUGCCUGUCUUAUUUCUACAUGGUUUCUGCAUGGGGUGGUUAUGUUUUCAUCAUCAACCUUAUUCCACUGCAUGUAUUUGUGCUACUAUUGAUGCAGAGAUACAGCAGGAGGGUCUAUAUAGCAUAUAGCACUUUCUAUAUUGUGGGUUUAAUAUUAUCCAUGCAGAUACCUUUUGUAGGAUUUCAGCCAAUCAGAACAAGUGAACACAUGGCAGCUGCAGGUGUCUUUGCACUGCUGCAGGCCUAUGCCUUCUUACAGUAUAUGAGAGACAGACUAACAAAGCAAGAAUUUCAGACAUUAUUCUUCUUGGGUAUAUCAUUAGCAGCUGGAGUUGUAUUCUUGAGUGUCAUCUACUUAACAUAUACAGGUUACAUUGCACCAUGGAGUGGCAGGUUUUAUUCACUAUGGGAUACUGGGUAUGCGAAAAUUCACAUCCCGAUCAUUGCUUCAGUGUCUGAACAUCAGCCAACAACAUGGGUUUCCUUCUUCUUUGAUCUACAUAUUCUCGUGUGUACUUUUCCAGCAGGGUUAUGGUUCUGUAUCAAAAACAUCAAUGAUGAAAGAGUUUUUGUGGCUUUGUAUGCAAUCAGUGCUGUAUACUUUGCUGGAGUAAUGGUCCGUCUGAUGCUAACUUUGACUCCAGUAGUCUGUAUGCUGUCGGCAAUUGCUUUCUCCAAUGUUUUUGAGCACUAUUUGGGUGAUGAUAUGAAGAGAGAGAAUCCACCCAUAGAAGAUAGCAGUGAUGAGGAUGAUAAAAGAAAUCCAGGAAAUCUUUAUGAUAAGGCAGGUAAAGUGAGGAAACACAUAUCUGAACAGGAAAAAACUGAAGAAGGCCUUGGGCCUAAUAUCAAGAGCAUUGUCACAAUGUUGAUGCUAAUGCUGUUGAUGAUGUUUGCCGUCCACUGUACAUGGGUAACUAGCAAUGCCUACUCCAGCCCUAGUGUCGUACUAGCCUCUUACAAUCACGAUGGUACUCGGAACAUUUUGGAUGACUUCAGGGAAGCAUACUACUGGCUAAGACAAAACACAGAUGAACAUGCCAGAGUAAUGUCAUGGUGGGAUUAUGGCUAUCAAAUAGCAGGAAUGGCAAAUCGAACCACUCUAGUUGACAAUAACACUUGGAAUAACAGCCACAUAGCCCUGGUAGGAAAAGCUAUGUCUUCAAAUGAGACAGCAGCAUAUGAGAUCAUGAGAAGUCUGGAUGUGGAUUAUGUAUUAAUAAUCUUUGGAGGUGUUAUUGGUUACUCUGGUGACGAUAUCAAUAAGUUUUUAUGGAUGGUAAGGAUAGCUGAAGGAGAACACCCUAAGGAUAUCAGGGAAAGUGACUACUUUACUCCACAGGGAGAGUUCCGGGUAGAUAAAGCAGGCUCCCCAACAUUGCUUAAUUGUCUCAUGUAUAAAAUGUCAUAUUAUAGGUUUGGGGAAAUGCAGUUGGAUUUUCGGACACCCCCAGGAUUUGAUCGCACGCGUAAUGCAGAGAUUGGCAACAAGGACAUUAAAUUUAAACAUUUGGAAGAAGCUUUCACUUCAGAGCACUGGCUUGUUAGGAUAUAUAAAGUCAAAAAGCUAGACAACAGAGAGACACUGGAACAUAAGCCUAGACUAACCAACAUUUUACCAAAACAGAAGUAUUUGUCAAAAAAGACUGCCAAAAGGAAGCGUGGCUACAUUAAGAAUAAACUAAUUUUAAAGAAAGGCAAGAGACCCAACAGGAAGACAGUUUAAAUACACUGUACUGAUUGCUAAUAUUGAAGCAGUUGUCCUUGAGAUAACCAGUCUUUGCCUUUAGCUCAAGUCAUGUUUCACAGCAACAUGAGGGUACAGAACCAUCAUUGGUCCAGAUUAUUGUACAAAACUUUCAGGCAAUGUCUGACUUAAAAUUUUGGCUUAUUGAGAACAGCUGUUUUAGAUUUGUAUUGUGGAGCAAGACAGAGCUGCUUUCCAGGUCUAGCAGCAGAUUUUCCUUUUUUAAAAAUUGGUACAUAUUAUCCUUCCAAUCUAUUGAAUUUGGACUGACUGCACCAAAGAGCCCUUUAAUUCGGUCCUUGGCACAUGCAUACUUGUCAGUUUUUUAAGUUCAAGCUGAACAGCAAUAUCUUAACUGGAAUGGUGAAAUAUAUGAAUGACUCUUCUUAGUCUAACACUUUCAGAAGUGGGGUAUUUUUAUAUUCAGCAAGUAGAACAACUCCUUUUGAGAUAUUUAUUUUACAAGAUUACAUAAUAUGUACUCUCCCAUUGCUGUAUGUUUUCAGGACUGUAAAUCAAGCUGCAAUUUCACUGAUCACUGGACAAAUUAUAAAAUUGGACAAUGUAAUUUGUUUUGGGAAGAGGUGGCCUUGCUGUUUUUAUGAGGUGUAUUCCUGAAAUAUAAAUAUACAGGGCAGAUCAUGCACAGAAUAGGUAGAUACAAGGGCUACAUUUGUAUCUUGCAUCUGACACGACAGUAAUGAAUGCUAUUGAGCACCAUUGCACCUGGUGUUUUCAGAACUUGCUUGUUUAGCUACGUAUUUCCCAUAUACAAUAAUUUGGCCUUUUCAGGAAAAAAUUGACAAGUAUCCAAGCUCUUUUAGUGGCUAUUACAAAGGCGGCAGGAUUUAUAAACCUGUUUGUUUUUUCAUUGGGUUGAGUUCAUGGAAAUGACUAGCUUUUUUCCAUAAUUUUCUUUAGUGCUUCAGUUGAUGGAACAAUGACUUGGACAUGUGCUUUGUCUUUACUAAAAUGUAAAAGACAGUUUAUGAAGUGCACUAAAUUACAAGUGGAGAUUGAACAUGUUCACUUUCCAACUAUAGGAAACUUUACAAACUUGAACAUUACUUAGUUAUUUUAAUAAAAUAAAAUGCAAAAUGUGGGGAUAGGGUUCACUUGACAGCCACAAGUUAUAAUUUUGAUAUAGGAAACAGCUUAUACCAGAUGUAUUGGUGUAAGGCAGAAUAGUAUGUACCUUCCAAACAAAACAAAACCCUAAGUAUCUAUUGCUCAGUGAGAAUGUUACUGCUGACUUUUCUUCUCAGAUGUAUAAUUUUUAUUUGUAAAUUCAUUUUUGAGUAAAGAGGUUAUUAAAUCAAUAAUGCAGUGGCAACAUUUUCACAAAAUAACAAUCUGGAUUUCUGACCCGUUGUCAUUGAGAUUAUAUUACUUUGUUGCUUAAAAGCUCAAUGCAAACCCGUUGUUGACUAUAGGGAAAAUAAAGUUAAAUCAAGUUUUGUGUUAA